GCCGAGGUCUGGGCCCGCUGUCCUCACGCCUGAGGCCUCCGCCUCGAGAUCUAACCGCUCCUCCUCGUCCGCCUAAACGCGGUAUUUGGCUUUCUCUCUAAAAAACCUACGGAAUAGUUCUGCCCUGUGUUGAGAGAUUUGACUUGCUGCAAGCAGGGAUGAACACAGCACCUUAAAGGUUAGCUUUUAACAGCUGCGGCACCUUUGCAAAAGUGGGUGCAGUGAAUAUUCCGUACCUGCUGUGUUAAGCAUUCUGGCGUUUUUGCUUGGCAGCAGCCUGCAAGUUUUUCUGUUCGGUUUUAUAUUACGAGUUGGACAUUCUUGUCAUCUUAUUAUCAUCAUUACUUAUUAUCAGUUCUCCUAAAGUUUUCAAUCAUGCGGUUUUUUCCUUCUUUCAUCCCUGACUUAAAAUUGAGAACAUCAUGCCUUUGCAAAGACAAAGCUCCCCUUUCCUUUCCUUUCCUUUUUUUUUUGUUUGUUUUGUUUUGUUUUGUGUGUUUUAAGUAUACCUGUAGGCAGAGGGCUUUUUUUUUUUUUUAAUCUGUUGAAAGAGUAAAUCAAGCUUGUAAACCAAUUAGGAUAGCUUCAGCAGUGAAUAUUAUUUCUGCUAAUCACUAAAAUAGGAACAGUAAUACCCAAUCUUAGAUAGUUUCUUGGCGCUCUGUUAGGCUUUUUUUGCUUUUGGGGUGGGUUUUUUGUUGUUGUAUUAGUAAUGCAGUUACUGGACAGCAUCAGUAUGUCAGUUAUCAGUUCUGUCUGAUGGUGUGCUGGAAUGUGAUCUUAAUGAAUUAUGGUGCAUUGGCCUUAAGGAAGGAUAGUUACUCCCUGAUGAUUUUUGAAAGCAAUUUAGUCUUUGGCUUUUGCCAGGAUCAGUGGGGUUUAUCUUAGAGUUAGCUUAGUUGUGGCUGGUUUGUUCCCACCGCCACCAAUGGUCACACUCCCUAGGGCAAGAGAUCCUGAAAUGCUGCGCAGGUAGCUCUGUCAGUCUUGUCACUGAAACCACCUAGAUAGUGGGAGCUGUCCCGUUACGUAGCUUGUUGAUACUUAUGAGAAAAAUUGAUCUGUGAAGUAGGACAGUUUUUUAUUAUUGUGAUCCAUAAAAAGAGCACUGGUCAGACUAGUUUUUGACAUAGUAAUGGUGCUUUCUGUAGGUGAAGUGUGACCUCCUUGAGAUCCCUAGGAAAUAAUAAAAUAAUAAGAAGAAAAUAAUAGAUAAUAAAGAAGCCUUGAUGUCUGAAACAUGGGUAAGCAUUGGUAUGGGAAAUGGGAGAGACCUGUUCAGUGGAUAAUAUGUCUGCAUUUCUAACCGUUUCCUGCAGAAAUAGCACGAUGGCUCCUUCCCCACCUACCCCAAUUGUCCUACGCCCUUUAUAGCUCCUUCACCAAGUAAGAGUAUUUCUGUUAGCAGUCUACAGUUUGUCCUAAGUGGAGCCUAGUAGAAGUAACGUUCAGAAUGUGCUGGUGAUAAGAGCUAAUUUUGAGCGAGAAGAUAUUAAAUAUUUUGGUGAGAAAACAGAUGUGGGUAGAUUGCGUUAGGCUUCAGCUUGUGCUUAGCACUAUUCUAGAAUUUGCAGUCAAAGCAGCACACUGUAGUGUAAUUAGCUUCAAGCUAGCAUUAGCUUAGGAACCUGGACUGGUCCAAUGUGCCCUGAGAUUUGGGCUGCUGUGGGUUUUGUAUCUUACGAAAAAGAAGACUUCUAGGCCCGUGGUGCCAACGCUUUAAGGGCAAUGGAUCUUCUACCUACAGUCACAUCACCUUACAGCCUACAGUGUAUCUAGAUUGAACUUGUGAUUGAAUAUUCUUUUUAAUGUAUUUCAUGGACUACCUGUAAAGAGCUUCUCACAGCGUUGCAGACUGCUGCUUGGGAAACUGCUAAGACCCCAACCAGUGCCCAAGGUUGCUUGUUUAUCUUUCCUCCUUGGUUGCUUUUAUGGCUAUGCUUUCUGGGUCAAAUUUCUAGUGAUGCAGAUUAGUACAAUUUUUUUAAUAGACUGAAAUUGAUUUAAGUUACUAAUUUAUUUUUUUAAUGUAACCUGCCAUGUUUCCAAGGGCGAAUAAUAAAUCUGUUUUUGUUCCAAUCCCUUAUUAUCUUCAUAGCUAAAAGAGUGAGGUAGAAAAGGUAUAUUUUGCUGCUUAUGAUUUGGGAAAUAGCCAAAAAUUAUGUAUGGAUGGUGUCAUUAGUUUUUCUUUCUUCUGAUGUUGUUUGCUUCCUUUCUUUCUCAGAGCUAAAAUCUUGUUGACCCCCAGUUAAGACUAGCUUCUCUCUCAUUGCUCUCUCUUACUUCGUAGCUUUUUGCUGUUAGAGAACAGUGCAAAGAGGUUUUUUCUCUGAUGGUCUGAAUUUGCUGCGCAUGGAGAGUCCUGUUCUCCACUUGAUAUAAAGAGGGACUGGUGCUAGCUCCAGUUUUUCUUAGACUGGUUGUAUGAGCACUUUCCUGUCUGUUCCACAAUGUGUGGUUUGUUUUGUUUGGUUUUUUUUCCCUUCUACUGCAGUGAUUUGCUUAUUGCAGCAGUAGAGGAAUGUAUUUUUGCUGAAGCAUUUACUCUGUUCAGUACGAGUUUUCCAAGGACACCUUAGUCUCCUGGUGUAGCUGAAGAAGCCAAGUGUAUAGGAAUGGAAAUGCGAUUUGUGUGGUUUUUCUCUGUGGAUCAUGGUUCAGCUGCUAUGUUUUUCAUGACUUUAUACAAAACCAGAAAAGAUCAAAUCUCUCUAUAUAUGUUUUUCUAGUGCUGAUUCCUUCCUCAAACAGAGCUUGGCAGAUUUAUUACAGAUGAGAUGCGGACAAGCAGUGACUUGAAACAUGAUUGAGACAGCUGGCCUCACUGUAGUCACUUCCAUGAUUUUAGAGUUGUGCCAGACAAGUCUAGAGACUGGCAUGGACAUGUUUUUGUAGAAAUUUAGUAGAAUUAAUUUUAACUUAGGUUAUCUACUCUAGAUUUGGAAUUGGGAUUCCAGUUAUGAAAGCUUAUCUAUGGCAAUUUAAACCCUAACAAAAUUUAGUGAUCUACAUGUAAUUCACUAUGUGAACUUUGACUUCCAUACUAAAUAAAGAGAGAUGGUGCUUCAAGAUUGUUUUCCUGGCUCAUACACAAGAAGUGCUUUACAAGUAGUGGAGUGCUUGCAGUAUCUUCUCCUCUUUGUGUUUUGCUGUCCACUAAAUGUACAUUGGUGGAAACUGCUGUCACUAAAAACACCUUGCCUAUUAUAAUGCUUUUUGAGGUUGCUGCUCCCAUCAAUCUGCUCAGUAAAAAUAGCUCAUCUUGGUAAGUUGUUUCGACUUCACCAGGACCUGAAGAAGAGGCAGAAAAACCUGUGAAAACUAAGACUGUUUCUUCCAGUAAUGGAGGAGAAAGUUCGAGUCGCAGCGCAGAGAAACGGGCAGCUAAUGAAGAAGCUGAAGACUUCACUACAAAGCCUGCUCCUGCCAAAAUGUCCAAGUUUGGAUUUUCCAUAGGCAGUCAGACAACAAAGAAGGCAUCUGCAAUAUCCAUCAAACUAGGAGCAAAUAAGCCUAAAGAGCCUGUUCCAACCCUUGCUCCAAAAACUCUUUCUGUAGCAGCAGCUUUCAAUGAAGAUGAAGAUAGUGAACCAGAAGAAAUGCCUCCAGAAGCCAAGAUGCGCAUGAAGAACAUCGGAAGGGAUACACCAACCUCAGCAGGACCAAAUUCCUUCAAUAAAGGAAAGCAUGGUUUUUCUGACAACCAGAAGCUAUGGGAACGAAAUAUAAAAUCUCAUCUUGGAAAUGUCCAUGACCAAGAAAAUAACUAAAUGAUGUGGAUUGAGAGUUGGGUGUUUGGGGGGAGGGGAGGGUGAAACGUUAAAGGAACAGUUUCCUUUUUUAAGAAUGGUAUAAGACUAUCUUUGGAGCCACUUUUUUAAGAUUUUGAGUGGUACACUAAUAACUGAGUUUGAAAUUAGAGGUAAUUUAUGUUUUGUAUACAGAUUUCAAGGCAUUUGCUAAUUUUGUAGUUCCAUGUGAUUAGUUCAAAAGGUUACAGAUAAUAAAGAAAUUGGAGUGGUACCUUUUUAAGAUUUUUUUUUUUUUUUUUUUUUGGUCAGUGAUUAAUUAAGGUGGAUGAAAAAGGUUACUGUCUCUUUAAUCAGGUUAACAUUGAAUGCUCUCGCAUUCUCACUUCUGGCUCCCUCUUCAUAACAGGAGAAACAGUUGAGUCCUAGGAAAUACUGCUAAAGAAAGUGAGCAUUGUCUUGUGCUAGAAGUGUUACUGGACUAUUAAUUUGAACAUAAACUUAUGCAGGAAAUAAUAAGAACCUGGAUAUUUUUUUUCCUCCCUGCAGUCACCUUUUGUUAAGUCUCUGCAAACUAGGAAUUAUGUUGCUCUGAGUGGCUCUGGUAACUUAGCUCUAAUUUUGUUUAAAACUUCAUGUAGGAUGUGUAAUCUUCUGUGGCCUGUUUCAUCCUAAGGAAACGGGCCUUGUCUGUAUAUUAGAUACAGUCUGUAAAGAAUAUUCAUUACAAAAGUAAGUCAGUAUUUUCAGUGUGCUCCUCUUAAAUCAUUAGCCUUGAGUAGUGCUUGUUAGCAUUUCCUUGUGGUACACAAAAGCCACCACCAAAAAGACAAGCUAUUGUACAUUAAGCUUCACCUUUGGUUGAGAUAUUUUUCUUUACUAUGCCUAGAAGGAAUAAAAGCCACACCAAAAAUCGGUAACUCACUGCUUAAGUAUGAAAAAAAUCCAAGAUGCACUUUCCCUAUCUUGCCAUUUAAAACAAAAUGCCUUGAUGCCUGUGACCUCAGCAGACACUAUCAGGUGAAAGAAGAAUCCUGAAUUUGCAAUCCUAAUGCUUCUAACGAGUGACAACUUCAGAAAUAAAACUCGACAUUUUCCUCCCUGCCUGCCUGUUGCAGUAAUUUUCAACAAUGACAUUAGUCUGGUCAGUUUAAUUUCCUGGCUUUCAUAUUCCAGAACCGUGGUAGAGCAUAUCAAACCUAGUAACAACUGUCUACAUGUCUGUCUAAUUCAUAUUGCAUAUUUUUGAAACAUUUUACUAGCAGAACUGGUUAAAUAAAAAGUUAUUAAUAGCAACACCACGCAAAUGUAAGUUUUUUUUUUUUUUUAAACUCAAAUACCUGAUAGUGUCAGCCACUAAAUUAAUGGAAAUUAAUUUCAGCCUGGAACUGGUUGCAGACUUCAGUACGUUAAUUGCUUUCAUCCUGCCCCUAAAACCUUUCUUUAUGCUAAAGUUGAACCUGCGAGUGCGGAAAGGAAAGUGCAUCUUGAAGUGGUUUGUUUUGGUUUUUGUUUUCUUUUUUUUUUUAGGAAAGCUCUGACCACUUAGACUUUUGAGUUUGUAAGUUCUAAAAAAAUAUUUUUUUGUAUUUUUGUACUGUAUGUGUAAUCUUUUUUUUUCUUUUGAAGUCUGAUGCAGUUGAAAACCUGUAACUAUAUUUUCUUUAAAAGCCUUGUUAUAAACAUAACAUAAAAACGUAUACAUUAUUUUUUUUCCAUAGCAGAAAUCUUUGGUUUAUUUAAAACAAAACACGCUUUCAAAACUGACUUUCAGGAUUUCCAAAACUGAUUUGGGCAUUGCUGGAACUGGGCAAGGCAAAAUGAAGCAUUUACUUUUCACUUAUUUUCAUCACAUGUGGUUAUGUUUGUUGAAAUAAAUCCCUUUACGAUAGUGGUAAUUCACAGUGAAUAACUAUUUUAUCUUGCUCCUUAGUAGUUACUUGAGACUAUUUUGGUCACUUGUAGUAGGAAAAAGCAAAAGACUAGGAGGAUGACUUUGAGACGUGUUCUUUUUUAGUUAACCUGCCACCAACAACAUCUUCCACAUCUUUGGCUGAAGUAGACAUUCAUUUCAACAGAAAUCUCCUGGUGCUUCAGAAUCCUGUGGGACAUUGCUGGGCAGAACAGCAGAUGCUAGGAAAUACUUUCCAUGCGAGUGAGAGAGCAGGAGUUAUAUUUAUCUUUCUUAUUCCUACGGUCAAUAAAUGUAAUCCUAGACCUUGUGAGAGACUGCAGCAGCUUCUAGGUCUCAGCUGAAGGUGAGCAGAGAUCUUGCCUCACUCGGUGUACAAGUUAUAUUCUUUCUCAGUGCUUCACAGAAGAAAAUCAAUCAGGAUGGCCUACAUCCACUCAGGACUGAGCCACAAGGGUGUGGUUUUUGAUGUCUGACAUACACAAGAAAGAACUGAUCUGAAAAGUAUUGUCAAGGCAAACUUUAGCUGGAACUUCACUUGAAAUUCUAGGCUUUGGUUACAAUAGUCAUUGUUGUAUGAAGGUAGUCUUGGGGAGGGUGUGUGUUAUUUUUUUGUGUGUGUGUUCUUUUUCUAAGAAUAUUUAGGAAUCCUAAAGCUUAUAAACUCACUGAUUUAGCUGAGACCUUUAGCUGCUUAGCAUAGCAAGGUACGUAUACCUGCCAGUGGUUGAAAUGUCCCUCCAUGUCACCUGUGCAGUUUUAUCUCGGAAGCUUGUGCUUGCUUAGCACUAAAGCUUUCCUUAGCACCUGAGCAGCUUGCAAAGUGUUCAAGACCUUAGGUGAAGUUGUAAGUAGUUCUCUAGUAACCUUCUGCCUGUCACUGCAGCUGGGCUGCUUCUGGGCCUGCUGGGUUGUGAAUGGAUCCAAACUCAUCUGAAGUUAACUAGAUUAAAAUAAUUUUU